UUUAAUGUUCAUACUCGAAUUUCAGAUUCAUUCCUUGAAGCUCUUGCUCAUCUUUUCUCUAUUUUUUUAAACAUUAUUUUAUUUUCAUUCUCUCUAUCUUUUUGUUGCUUUAUUAUUUGUAGUAGCUCACAUCAAUGGAAAUUAAAUAAAGCAGGAAAGCAGAAGAAGGCUUUCCCACUUUUCUCUUUACAGAAACCCCAAGCCCAAGCUUCCCAAAAUUCUGAGCACUAUCGGUUACAUUUAAAUAUAUCUGGAGAUUUCAGGGUGUUGUUGUUUAGAAUCAUCACAGGGAGAAUCAGUUCCUCAUUCCAGCUCUCUUCUGUUACCAAUUCUGCAAAAUCUUUUGUUUUCUUGGAAAGUUUAGGUUUGGUUGGGGGGAUCUUGACAGGGAUUGUGAGAUUGUUUUGUCUGGUGUGGGUUUCAAUUUGUUAAUUGCAAAGUUUUUGUUUAAUUUAGUUUAAGAUUGUGAGCUGAAUUUUGAAAAGGUGGGUCUUUUUCAGAUUCCUCAAGGGUGGGGGGGUGGCUAUAGUAAGAUAGAGUAUUCUGAUUCCUUUAACCAAAUGGGCUCUUGAUUUAACACUGAUAUUGCCAUUGUUAAACCUCCACCUCUCCACAUUUCCAUUCUUAUCGAUGAAAAGUCUCAAAUUCUUCUUCUUCUUCUCCUGAGAAUAUAAUUUUCCUGGCGUGUGUGGGUGAGAUGGAGAUUUUAUCGCCGGCGGCCUCUUCUUAUCUAUCCAAUUCCUAUUCCAAUUCCAAUUCCAAUUCCGGGUGGUUGUUUGAAGAAACCAUGAGUUUCACCAAAUGGACCCCUGCGGAGAAUAAGGCCUUCGAGAAUGCUCUUGCUCUCUACGAUAAGGACACGCCGGACCGGUGGAAGAAAGUGGCGGAAAUGGUUCCCGGGAAGACGGUGUCGGAUGUGAUGAGGCAAUACAAAGAAUUGGAAGAUGAUAUUAGUAGCAUAGAGGCUGGGCUUAUGGACUUGAUUCCUUUUCCGGCGAAUACCACUAGGUCUGCUUCUGCUUCGGCUUUUACAUUGGAAUGGGGAUGUAGCCAUCCUUUUGAUGCUCAAAAGCAGUGUCUCGUGGCCGGAGGGAAGCGUCCCCCGUCCAAUCGGCUGCCGGAGCAAGAACGGAAAAAGGGUAUUCCCUGGACUGAGGAAGAACACAAGCUGUUUCUGAUGGGCCUAAAGAAGUAUGGGAAAGGUGACUGGAGAAACAUUUCUCGCAAUUUCGUGAUCACCAGGACCCCAACCCAAGUUGCUAGCCAUGCUCAGAAGUUCUUCAUUCGCCAGCAUUCCGGUGGAAAAGACAAGAGGAGAGCCAGCAUUCAUGACAUAACCACCGUGAACCUCAACGAGAACCAGACCCCUUCGCCUGACAAUAAGAAUCCUCCCGGUUCAACAGACCAGCAAAAUUCGGCUAUGCACCACAAAAUGCCCUUUCACUGGGAUCACCUAGGGCUUAAUUCAGCUCAGGCCAAUUUGUUCAUGUCCCCCCCUUAUGGAAUAGAUUCUUCAUAUGGGAAUGGGAUGAAUAAAAUGCAAAGCCUGGGUAUGCAAAGAGCUGCUGCUAUGCAUCAUGAGUCUUCUUACUUUGGAUCUCAGAUUAUGCCCUUCCAGAUUCAAUCCGCUGCGCCCCAGUAUUAUCAUGCUUGAGAUUCGCAUUCCAACUAGUAGAAAACCAGAAACGGCAAACACAAAUGCCGCUUCGUUUCAAUUUACUAAUCUAGCUAGCUCUGUUUCUGCUCUUCUAUUCUCCUGUGAAUAUGGUGUUUGGCCUUUUGAUUUAGUCUUCACCAAAGUUUAUGUUCCUAGGGAGUCCAUAAUUCUGAAAAUGGUUUGUCAAGAAAGCUUCAGUUAUGAUUGGAACAAUGUAAUUCCAGGCUCACUUUCUAUAGAGUUGAGAUUCAAGAUUUUCAGGGGCAAUCAUCAAUCUUGGCUAGACCGAAAUCUGAGUCUUAUGAUGUCUGAAAUCUUGCCAAUUGUGCUUAAAAUUACACACAGAUUCUUCUGUUAUAUAUAUCUACUUGGGUGUUUACAACA